AUGGUGGCCAGAACUGCCUGGCCACUGGCUGAUCCCAGCUCGAGGUCGGAUUUGGAGCAGAGCCUCCUCGCCACCGGCGAAUGGGCGAACGGCCGAGACCUCCAAGUUCUGCUGCAGGCCUGGCCGUCCGAGUCUGGCCCGCGAAGAUCUCCGGGCCCUAGGCCGUGGGACAUGCCUGCAGAGCGGCCUAUCAUCGGCCGGCCACCCAAGUGCUCCAGCAAAUGCUGA